AUCUUCAUGAGGAUUCUCGUCUUAAAAUUAUUCAUAGGGACCUUAAAGCAAGCAAUAUUUUGUUGGAUGGUGAAAUGAACCCAAAGAUUUCUGAUUUUGGCAUGGCAAGAAUUUUUGGUGGAAAUCAAAAUGAAGCAAACACAAAGAGAGUCGUGGGAACAUAUGGAUACAUGGCUCCGGAGUAUGCUAUGGAAGGACUAUUUUCAGUCAAAUCUGAUAUAUUCAGCUUUGGAGUCCUAUUACUAGAGAUCAUAAGCGGGAAAAAGAACAAUGGAUCUUAUUUCUAUGAACGCUGCGAAAGCCUUCUAACUUUUGCAUGGAAAUUAUGGUCUGAAGGCCAAGGAAUGCAGCUGAUAGAUCCACAACUGGUGCAGUCAUGCGUGGAGUCUGAAGUGCUUAAGUGCAUUCAUAUUGGUCUGCUGUGUGUGCAAAAAGAUCCAGUGGACAGACCCACCAUGUCAUCUGUGAUAUUAAUGUUGGGCAAUAAGACCAUAACUCUUCCUAAACCAACAGAACCUGCAUUUUUUGUCGGACGAGUUGCUGCAGAACCAGCUUUACCCUCUGCAGACUACAUCAUCUGUUCUGUCAAUGAGGUAACACUUUCAAACGUGUCACCUCGUUGAUUGUUUGUGUUUCUUCUGAUAUUUUCCAGCUUCCUAGCUUUGGACAUGUAUAUAAUGUAUUACAGCACAACAUCAAAUAAAGCUAUUUUCUUCUUCACUUGGUCCAUCCAGAUUGAUAUUUACUGAAGAAAAUUCCAACUUCAUU